UUUUGAAAGCAUUAAGCCAGAUGUGAGGAACAUAUCUAAGGAAAAAUUGGUGUUAAACAUUGUCAUAGACUUUUAGUUCUUGAUCAGAUUGAUCUAUAUUUGGCAAUAAUGUGAAUUAGAGAAAGAGAUUCCUGAUACCUGAAUUCUAGCAUUUUUGAAUCUGUGGUUUCAUUUGUUUAUUGAUACGGUGUUAUUGUUUCUUUAGGUUAGAUGAGGUCUAAUCAUGGAGCAUUUGAAGUCAUAUAAAGAAGGUUCCUUGGCAUGGACACAAGCUCAUUGGGAGGAUUAGAACUGACUGACCAGACGCCCGUGUUGUUGGGGAAUUUGGCCAUGGCAACCAGUCUUACGAAUGUAGGGAAUUCAUUCAGUGGCCCACCGAAUCCUUUGGUAUCUAGAUCUAAUAAGUUUCAGAACUCAUCAGUAGAAGAUGAUGAUGAUGUGGUUUUUAUUGAACCCGUACAACCUACCCCACCUUCUGCUCCAGUGGGGGCUGAUCAAAGAACCACAGCAUUCGCAUCGUCCAAAAACGAGGAACACCAAGGAAACGAUUCAAAAAUCCUUCCUUCUUCAAAAGAGUUGGCUUCUCAGAAGGGAAGUGUAAGUGAAACAAUUGUCAUCGAUGAUGAAGAGGACAUGGAAACAAAUCAAGGGCAAGAGAAAAAUCCUUCUAACUUUGUUGAGCGAAGACCUUCUGAGACCAAAAACAGAACCAAUGAUGUGGAUUUCUCUCCUUCCAGUUUUUCAAGAAGUAAGGUAAAUGCAGGAAUGGGUAACAGUGGUAUCACCACAGAACCAGACUCCGAAAUUCAAAUUGCUAAUGUCACAACUUUAGAAACUGGUGUAAGCUCUGUGAAUGAUGGCCAGUUAGAAAAUACUGACGGCCGAGAUAUGAACUUAAUGAUUACACAUGUCACGUCACUGCAGAACACCAACUUGGGCGAUGUCUCUAAUGGACUGCAGUCAAGUCAUUUCGGUGUUAACAUACAAACAUACACCCCGACUUUAACUUCACAGACCAAGACUGGAGUAGGACCUUUUAAUCCUGGUAGAAUGCAUGUGGCAGGAGAUGUGUUUCAGAAUGGGGAGUCUGCCUCUCACCACAAUCCUGAUUCGUGGAUCUCCCAAUCAGCGUCAUUCCCCCGUAAUCAGAAACAGCCAGGGGUGGAUUCUUUAUCACCAGUGGCCUCACUUCCGAAGCAGAUUUUUCCGCCUUCAGCCCAGCAGCAACCCACAAAACCCGUUAAAGUCACAUGUGCAAACUGCAAAAAACCUUUGCAGAAGGGACAGACAGCUUAUCAACGAAAAGGAUCAGCUCACCUCUUUUGUUCUACCACCUGCCUUUCAUCCUUCUCUCACAAACCUGCUCCAAAGAAACUUUGUGUUAUGUGUAAAAAAGAUAUAACUACAAUGAAAGGAACCAUUGUUGCGCAGGUGGAUUCCAGCGAGUCCUUUCAGGAAUUCUGCAGUACGUCUUGUCUGUCUCUCUAUGAAGACAAGCAGAAUCCUACCAAAGGAGCUCUAAACAAAUCAAGAUGUACAAUUUGUGGUAAACUAACAGAGAUUCGACAUGAAGUUAGCUUUAAAAAUAUGACUCAUAAGCUGUGCAGUGACCACUGCUUUAAUAGGUACAGGAUGGCCAACGGGCUCAUCAUGAACUGCUGUGAGCAGUGUGGGGAGUAUUUGCCCAGUAAAGGUGCUGGGAAUAACGUCCUGGUGAUCGAUGGUCAGCAGAAAAGAUUUUGCUGUCAGAGUUGUGUCAGUGAAUACAAACAGGUAGGUAGCCAUCCAAGUUUCCUGAAGGAGGUUCGCGAUCACAUGCAGGACUCCUUCUUAAUGCAGCCCGAGAAAUAUGGAAAACUGACAACUUGUACUGGUUGCCGGGCACAGUGCAGGUUUUUUGAUAUGACUCAGUGUAUAGGUCCUAAUGGAUAUAUGGAGCCAUAUUGUUCAACUGCUUGCAUGAACAGUCACAAGACGAAAUAUGCAAAAUCACAAAGUUUGGGAAUAAUUUGCCAUUUUUGUAAGCGAAACUCUUUACCUCAGUACCAAGCCACGAUGCCUGAUGGAAAACUGUAUAACUUUUGCAAUUCCAAUUGUGUGGCUAAAUUUCAGGCUUUAAGCAUGCAGUCUUCUCAAAAUGGUCAGUUUGUAGCACCAAGUGAUAUUCAGUUGAAAUGCAACUACUGCAAAAAUUCAUUUUGUUCAAAACCAGAAAUCCUGGAAUGGGAGAACAAAGUGCAUCAGUUCUGCAGCAAAACUUGUUCAGAUGACUACAAGAAGUUGCAUUGCAUAGUAACGUAUUGCGAAUACUGUCAAGAGGAGAAGACUCUUCAUGAAACAGUCAAUUUCUCUGGCGUUAAGAGACCUUUCUGUAGUGAAGGCUGCAAACUAUUGUACAAGCAGGACUUUGCACGCCGCUUAGGACUGAGAUGUGUUACCUGCAACUACUGUUCGCAGCUGUGUAAGAAGGGCGCCACGAAAGAGCUGGACGGGGUGGUAAGAGACUUCUGCGGGGAGGAGUGCUGCCGCAAGUUUCAGGAUUGGUACUACAAGGCUGCAAGGUGCGAUUGUUGCAAAUCCCAAGGAACCCUGAAGGAGCGAGUGCAGUGGCGCGGGGAAAUGAAACAUUUCUGCGACCAGCACUGCUUGUUGCGUUUCUACUGUCAGCAGAAUGAGCCUAACAUGACAACUCAGAAAGGACCUGAAAAUUUACAUUACGAUCAGGGUUGUCAGACGUCUCGAACCAAAAUGACAGGCUCAGCACCACCCCCGUCUCCAACACCUAAUAAAGAGAUGAAGAACAAAGCGGUUCUUUGCAAACCUUUGACAAUGACAAAAGCUACUUACUGUAAACCUCACAUGCAGACCAAAUCUUGUCAGACAGAUGACAGCUGGAAGACAGAGUACGUCCCGGUGCCCAUCCCCGUGCCCGUCUACAUCCCCGUGCCGAUGCACAUGUACAGCCAGAGCAUCCCCGUGCCCACUACAGUCCCUGUUCCUGUACCUGUUCCUGUUUUUCUGCCUGCGCCAUUGGAUAGCAGUGAGAAGAUCCCUGCAGCAAUCGAGGAGCUGAAAAGCAAAGUUUCUUCAGAUCCUCUUGAUACAGGGUUGCUUACAAUGACGGAUAUCAUCGCAGAGGAUGAGGGCAAGCCGGAGGCUGCCAGCAUCAACAGUGUAAUUAUUGAAACCGAUAUAAUUGCUUCAGAUAUCUUGAAGAAUUCUGACUCAGAGACACAGUCCAAUAUGCCUGAUGUACCGUAUGAACCAGAUUUGGAUAUUGAAAUAGAUUUUCCCAGAGCUGCUGAGGAGCUUGAUAUGGAAAAUGAAUUUUUGUUGCCACCUGUUUUUGGAGAAGAAUAUGAGGAACAGCCGAGGCCACGGACUAAAAAGAAGGGAACCAAGAGAAAAGCUGUGUCAGGAUACCAGUCCCAUGAUGAUAGCUCCGACAAUUCCGAGUGCAGCUUUCCUUUCAAAUACGCAUACGGUGUCAAUGCGUGGAAGCACUGGGUCAAGACCAGGCAGCUGGAUGAAGAUCUGCUGGAAUUGGACCAACUGACAUCGUCUAAAUCAGUCAAAUUAAAAGAAGAUCUACUCUCUCACACCACAGCUGAGCUUAACUAUGGGUUAGCCCACUUUGUUAAUGAAAUCCGACGACCAAACGGGGAGAAUUAUGCACCCGACAGCAUCUAUUACCUUUGCCUUGGAAUACAGGAGUACCUGUGCGGUAGUAAUCGAAAAGACAACAUAUUUAUUGACCCAGGGUACCAGACCUUUGAGCAGGAGCUCAAUAAGAUCCUGCGAAGUUGGCAACCAAGCAUACUUCCAGAUGGGUCAAUAUUCUCUCGAGUUGAAGAAGACUAUCUCUGGAGGAUAAAGCAACUAGGAUCACACUCUCCAGUAGCCCUCCUGAAUACCUUGUUCUAUUUUAACACUAAGUAUUUUGGCCUGAAAACAGUGGAACAACACUUAAGACUUUCCUUUGGCACUGUGUUUAGGCAUUGGAAAAAAAAUCCUUUAACAAUGGAAAACAAAGCCUGUCUCCGAUACCAAGUGUCUUCCUUAUGCGGAACAGAUACCGAAGAUAAAAUUACUACUGGAAAAAGAAAACACGAAGAUGAUGAACCAGUGUUUGAACAAAUUGAAAACACAGCCAAUCCAGCGAGGUGUCCUGUGAAGCUGUUUGAGUGUUACUUGUCGAAAAGUCCACAGAAUCUCAACCAGAGAACAGAUGUUUUUUAUUUGCAACCAGAACGCUCUAGUUCCUCAGACAGCCCGGUCUGGUACACGUCUACUUCCUUGGACCGAAACACCUUGGAAAACAUGCUCGUACGGGUUCUUCUAGUCAAAGAUAUUUAUGACAAAGACAAUUAUGAGCUGGACGAAGACACAGACUAACGAGGAACGGGGUGAGAGAGCAUUAGAUAGUUGUGCUGCUGGGCUUGACUAUGGACAGCAUUUCAAGUUUACUCCUCCUGGUUUGAGUUUUGUAGCAUUGUACCCACACUGGGUAUCGCCGUGUAAAUAAUCCCCGAGUGAAAGUUGCCAUUAUUCUAUGUAGUGGUUUUAGAAUACUUAACAGAUACAUUCAAAUUCUUUUUUUUUAUUAUUAUUUAUUUGAUUAGGUAUGUUUGUAACUUUUUACAUUACAAAUAUGAAUGAGAAUGUGCCAUGUAUGAUUUUUUUUUUUCCUUGUAGUAAGAAACAUCCAUAUUGCACAACUCUGCUGUUGCAAAGUCCCGUGCAAGGGGGCGCUCUCACCGGGUUUUCGACCAGAUGGUUGUAUAUGGGUAGCACUACUAAAGUUUAGAACUUGCAGUGUCUCUCAGAAUUUUUAAAAUAAACUGUAAACUAAUAGGCUGGGGUUUUUGUUUCGUUUUGUUUGGGUUUUUUUUUUUGUUUGUUUGUUUGUUUUAGUUACUGAAGCCUUACAGAGUUAUACGGAGAGAUAACAUCUUCUGUACCAAAACCAGACAAGAGAAUGCUGUCAGUCCUGGUGUACUGUAAUGUGAAUCUAUGCUGGUGACAACGACUCUGUUCCCUUUAUUAAAACCUUAGUGCGCUUU